AAAGUCAUCAGUCUGGCGAGAUUUAAGGACUUCCACAGCUACGAGAAUGAAGAUGGGACGUUCGCCUUUGAGUCCUGUGUUGAUCCUGGUCCUGUGUAUGGCGGCAGGAGCAUGGGGUCAGACACUGCUGGAUCCUAUAAGCAGAGCCUGUCGCGGAAUGACGGUCGGGAAUCAGGCGGAGGCGCUGUCCAGGAACGAGUAUCCUGCAGGAGGGCUCCUGAUGGUGCUGGCUUCCGUGCCCGCCGGGGUCAAGGGCUUCUUCAAGUUCUACCUGUGUCUGGACGACGACGCUGGGCAGGAGGAGUGCCUCAACAAGAAGUCCCUCCAGUUGGCUGACGGGUCCGGCGACACUUUCGACCUGAGCAAAGUGGUGAAGGAGGGCAGCUACGAGAUCCCGCUGACCAUCCCCGAUGACGUGACCUGCGACACCUGUUCUGUCCAGUGGCAUGUGGAGGUGGAGGACUGUGGAGACAAUGCAGGCUGCUCACUCAUAAGCCAGGAUUCUUGCUUUGACGUCAAGAUCCGUCAGGCCAAGAAAGAGGAAAAGAGGCUGUAUGGACUUAUCUUUAGUGCAGUAAAAGCCAUUGGAGGCGGCAUCGGGGCCCUAAUCAAGAAUAGAGGCUAGAAUGUGCUGUAACGACCUGGCUCGACUCGUACCCCGACGUCACGCGAGAAAAUGGGAAUAUGGUUACUUGUGGGACUCCGAGGUGUUGAGAACUGGUGCCGAGCAGACUUCACUACGAAAAUACCAAUUUCAUUGUUUUGAUAUUCAUACAAUUGGAUUGUUUAAGUUCACAGAAACAGGGCCACGUGUAGGAGGUUUAAAAAGGUUUAGAUGAAAAUACAUUUUUAUGAUGAGGUUUGCUUUUUCAUAUUAUAAAGUAGGUAUACAGAGUAAUAUGUUGUGGGCUACGAUGCACUCCAUGGCCCUAUAUCCAGCUAUUUCGAUUUCCUCAGAUAACUGGUUUCUUAAUGAAUUUUGUAUUUUUAAUAUGAGUUAACUAGCAGUUACUCGAAUGGAUAUUGCCUUGGCGGAAAUAGGUGCACUUAGCCUAUAUAAUUCUUUUUGCAAAUCAUUGUGAAAACGAGUAAUGGAAUUGUCAAAGCGUUUUAAUGAUUUUGUUUUCUUGUGCUGUGUGGCUUCAUCAACUUAAAUUAACAAACGUGAUUUUUUUAAGGGAACAGAUGACUAAAUUGUGAAUAAAUUGCAUUUGAUCAAC